UUUUACAUCUUGCCCUCGCCCGGCCGUGUGCGAGGACAUUGCGGUUGCGGUGGCGACCGUGCGAUCGCGGUGGUCCAACAAACCGGCAACAGUUUGCCCAAAAACAAACGAGAUAGCAGCACCAUGAGCGAAGAGGCAGUAGCUUGCGUAUAUUGCAGAUAAAUUAUUAAAAGUAACGGAUUAAUCGUUGCCGUUUUUUCGUGCUUGAUGUUGUGACGAAAGCCAAGCGGAAAGCUUAGAAGAUGCGCGUAGGAAUGUGUGUUUUUGGUUUGUGUUUUUCACCCAUGUUGAGCUCGAUCGAUCGAUCGCAAGGCAAGCGUUUCUUGGUUGUGCUUCUAUUUGACGUCUAUCCCAUUACCAAAACAAAACCAUUAGUAGUGCGUAUCUGAAGUGUAUUUAUAUGGAAUUGUAAUCCCAAUGCGACAGAUAUUCGCAUGGCUAUAUACAAAAUAUAUACCUUUAAGCAUUGCAUACUCUAUACUUAAAAUAACAUAUGAACAUGUGUUAAAGGGAUGGAACACUACGCAACAACACUUUAACCAGUAUCACAUCCCAAUACCAUUCGUGUGUUAUUAUCUAUAUGGCCUGCUGUAUUGGCUGGUGGCUCACUGGAUAACAUCUGUAAAGCUAAGGGAUGCUAUACUAGAAGUGCACAGUAACCGUUUGCGAUGGGGAUCGUGUGAUCGGCAAAAGUAGAAAGGGGGAACUGAGUCUGUAUUAAGCAUUUUAUCGAAUUCUAGGCUCGGAGAGGCGAUGCCUGGGUCCGAUGAUGAUGAGCAGAGCGAAAUCUAGUCAGUCGUUUAUGGAAAAAAAUGACACGCAUUCAAAUGGAAGCGAUUCGUUUCAACCAUUGUGACCCUUUUUGUAAAUAUCGAAAUCCUUCACUUUGGACUUUGGAAUCCUUCGUUUUUUUUGUUCACGUGUAGUUCUUUAACUCCGCUUUCUCAUGGAUUGUUUGCGGUUGUUCUUUGUUACGAAUAGUGAAACACGCAGAUAGAGAUCUUUUCACAAAUGAAAUACCGUUCGCUCUCGCAUAGGCAGCGAUUCGAUCACCUGGAGCGUUUCCGAACCAAAAUGGACCUCCGUGAAUGAUUUGCCCCCGUUCUCCCUCCCCUUUAAAAGUACCACAAAUACUUGAGCACAAACGCAACAAACAUACAGAAAAGUAAUACAAAAAUAUAUAUUCAUAUUGUGGCCUUUUAAUUAAAACAAAAGAUGAAGAUUAUUACGGCAAGCCCUCCGCCAGGAGUGCGCUUGCUUCAAGGGGCAGAAUGAGCAGCGUCGGUCUGCCUAUAGUGUUGCGUUUCGAUUUGUGUUUCGCUGUUUGCUUCAACAUUUAAACCGAAACACACCGACCGUACUGAACCGAACCGAUGGAACGAUCGUUUGGCGACAAGAAUCGGGAUCGCAUCAUAUCAAGGAAGCAAGGUAGACACUGCGAGUGAAAAUGGAAAAUUGAUGGAAAACAACCGGAGCGCAGGAUAAGAAACUCAAAAUACAAAAAAAGGCGAAAUCUGAAUGAGGAUGCUGAUGGGACGCUGAAGAUACAAUAAAGAGAAACCAAAACGUGUGUACUGAUUUUACUGCAAAUAUAGUGAAACCGCAUAUUUUAUAUACGUUGGAAUGCAAAUGUUUGAGGUUCGACGUUUUAUCUAGAGGUCAUAUGAAAUGAUGAAAGACAGAGGAAGGGCAUUUGCUAGAGAUUGGAUCAGAAAAUAAACAGAACUUGAACCAUAGUGCA